AAGGGGUUGACUGAGAGCUUCUGCCGGGACUGAGAAAGGAUUAGCAUGACUAUCACCUUACUGUACACAGAAUCAUUCCUCUCCUUAACCACGUAAGGUUUUUGGAUCAGAAUUUUUUGGACUUGUUUCUUCUUCUUUCAGAAUAAUGGAUUCUGAAUUAAUACAUAGUAUAGUGGGAAGCUAUCUUAAGCCUCCAGAAAGAGUAUUUGUUCCACCAUGCACCCAGAAUGAACCAUCUCAGAGUUGCUACCCUGUGAACUUAGAAGUUAUCUCUCCUAAAAUGCUUCAGAGUCCAAAUAGCCAAGCUCUUAUUUUAGCCUUAAAAACACUUCAGGAAAAGAUUCGACGUUUAGAACUAGAGAGAACACAAGCUGAAGAUAACCUGAACAUCCUCUCAAAAGAAGCAGCAGAAUACAAAAAGGCCUUGGAGAAUGAAACAAAUGAGAGAAAUCUGGCACACCAAGAACUGAUAAAGCAGAAAAAGGAUAUAAGUAUACAGUUAAGUGCAGCCCAGUCUCGUUGUACUCUUCUAGAGAAGCAACUAGAAUAUACAAAGAGAAUGGUUCUCAAUGUUGAGCGGGAAAAGACUGUAAUCCUAGAACAACAGGCCCAGCUUCAAAAGGAAAAAGAACAAGAUCAGAUGAAGCUGCAUGCAAAACUUGAAAAGCUUGAUGUCUUAGAGAAAGAAUGCUUUAAACUGACAACAACACAAAAAACUGCUGAGGACAAGAUUAAAUAUCUAGAGCAAAAGCUUAGGGAAGAAGAACAUCAUCGUAAACUCUUUCAAGACAAAGCUUCUAAGCUUCAAACUGGGCUUGAAAUCAGUAAAAUGUUAAUGUCUUCAGUUUCAAAUUCAAAACUCCCCAAGGAAAAGAAGAAGUCAUCAAAGAAAACUUUAAAAAGAGGACCAUCACAGCAAAUGUAUUCAAAGCUUAGAGCACCACCUUUUGUGCCUGAGAAGUCGACCAGUGCAAGCUGUUCUGUGAAUGCAGGUAUACAAACCCUUCUGCAGAUGAUGCACCACCAUGUCCCACACCAUCAGAAGCCUGCUCAGGUGGCGGAGCCAAGACGCCUCCACAAGCCUGCCAGAGCAACUUCCCAGGGAAAAGCGGCGCCUCGUGACUCAGGAAAGGCCACUUCCAUUUGUGACAAUUUGUCUGAACUUUUAAUGGCAAUGCAAGAUGAGCUGGAUCAAAUGAAUGUGGAACGUGAAGAACUACUGAAACAAAUGAGGGAAACUGAAAGUCAUUCAGUCUGUGAUGAUAUAGAAUGUGAACUGGAGCAUCUAGUCAAGAAAAUGGAAAUUAAAGGAGAACAAAUCUCCAAACUGAAGAAGCAUCAAGACAGUGUCCAAAAACUCCAGCAAAAAGUUCAAAACUCAAAGAUAAGUGAAGCUUCGGGUAUUCAUCGAGAAGAUAGCAGCCCUAAAGGAACCAAGAACAUAAAAAACAGCUCCAGGAAAAGUUUGAAUGAAACUAACCCUUUUCAGAAAAACAGCAGCUCUCAUCCAGUGCAAGUUCAUAAUGUUCGAGUGAAAUUGAGAAGAGAUGAUAUCACAUGGGAGCAGUAACCCAAUAGCAAAACUGUCACCUUCCAUGAACUCUGUCUGCGAGCUCUGGAAUUACCUAAUGUGCUUUUAAUAUACCUUUCUGAAAUUUCCAAUUAUGUUUUUGGCUUCUAUAAAACAAGAAGUUAUAUGUUUUUAAGUUAAUGCUUCAUGAC